AUGUCUGGAAUGAACGGCAACUCCGUCUCGCAAUGCAAGAGCACAAAUGAGAUAAUGAAGCUCCUCUUCUACGGCCUCGAAACCCUUCCGGUAGAACUACUCUUUUCCGAGUGUGCAAAGAUAGGAGGGUGCACGGUGGACUCCUGGAUCCCACGAGAAGUCGUUCCCGAGAGAUUUUCAGGGAAAUACACCUUACAGCUUGGCCCGGAAGGAUUUACGUUUUGUCAAAGUGAGGACAGUCGACGCUUGAGGUUCUUCUUGAUUUCCUCCUUGACCGUCUGGCAGGACCAAAUGCUACUUUGUUUGGCAAGCAAUCGCAGGGAUACGACAACCAAAUACCUUGUCAAAGCUCUAACGCCUUCAGCCGAGCAGGUACUUGCUACGUCCGAAAAUGGCUGGUGUGUUCUAGUCGAGGAUGAGAGUCCCAAUCCUCGAGGCGCACGGCUUGUGAUUAGCCGCAUCAGCGGAAACAAGGUGUUUUUUCAUUUCGAUCACCCUUUGCGACUGUCCAACAGUGACACCGACAGUUCCGCGAUAACAGAGCAGCUCCUUCACAAUGCAUGUGUUGCUCAACUAGCGGAUUUAGGGCAAGAGUUCAUCAUUGAGAAAAGCUCGACCCCUCAAUCUCUCGGCCUGUCUCGCCCCCAAAAUCCAAAACAAUACUCGGAUAGACUCGACGUGAUUAGCCAAGCACUGUGCUGGGGUAUAAAUUACUGGGAACGAUAUAUGAUCAAGAGAUGUCUUAGUGAUGCGGCGGCAAAGAACAUUAUUUUCCUCAUGGCAUAUGGCAUCUUUUCGUACAAGCAACGUCAAUGGGUCAAUCGAGCUCUCCAUGCUUUCGUUCAUCAUGCAUGGGUUCAAACUUUCCAUCCAACAUGGAGUCCAAACGGACGGUGGAAGUGGUUCUGGAAGCUGUCGAAUUACGAGCCACCGAUUCCGUUCAGGACGAUGAUGAAGUACUGCUGUAAGUUUGCUUUCCAUGGGUCGUUAUUUACGGAUUCCUAUUCUGGAAUGCUAAUGGUGACUUUGUACUGA